ACCUAGUAGUCUAACCUUGUCCAUAGAAGAUAGAUACACUGGUGAAUGUGUGUUUCUCCUGAAGUGGAAAGGCAGCCAGGGAACGACUGGACGACCUCUCGUGUCUCUUGCACCGUCCCAAGUAGAAGUGGAAGUGGAAGAGUAGAUCCAUCGAGUGACGACUGACGCAGACCCGCUGGCCCGUUCAAAAUGUCCGACACCCUGCUCCGUUCGCAAAUGUCCCACGAUCCUUACGUGGCGCCCACGGGUGACGCCUCACUCCUGCACAAUGGCAAAAUGGCCGCCUCUCCGCCCACUUCCUCCUCUGCUUCGACUUCAGCCGCCGGAUUUGGCGCUCACGCUUCCGCCGCUAAUUCCCCGCUCCAGCUAUUUGUGCGGGCCAAACGCAAGAUCAACGAGAUCUACGGCGAAGUGGGCGAUUACGUGAGCUCGGCCCAUCGCUUCCUCACGGUCACGUCGAGCGGCGUGACGUCAGAUUUGGCUGUGGUGUCGCCCGAGAACAAGAAGCUGGUGUCCGACCAUGACCGCAAGGUGUCCAGCAUCCGGGAGGUGCUUCGACGGGAUCACAUGAAAGUAGUCUUCUUUGGACGCACUUCCAACGGCAAGAGUACGGCUAUCAACGCCCUGUUAGGGGAUCGGAUCCUACCCAUGGGCAUCGGCCAUACCACGUCGUGCUUCCUCCAAAUCGAGGGCACGGAUGAGAAGGAGGCCUAUGUGGUGACCGAGGUCCAACCCGAUCAACGCCAGAGCUUGACUUCGUUGUCGCAAUUGGGUAAUGCCUUGUGCGAGGAAAAACUGGAUGCCUCGGCCAAAGUGCGAAUCAUCUGGCCCAAGGACAAGUGCCCCAUGUUGGCCCAAGAAGUGGUCAUCAUCGAUUCACCUGGCAUUGACGUGGAAUCGGAUCUCGAUGAUUGGAUCGACAAGUUCUGCUUGGAUUCGGAUGUGUUUGUGUUGGUGGCCAAUGCCGAAUCCACGCUCAUGCUCACCGAGAAAAAGUUCUUCCACAAAGUGUCAGAACGCUUGAGUAAUCCAAACAUCUUCAUCAUUCACAACCGAUCAGACGCGUUUGCGGGUGAAGAGAUGCAACACGAAGUCAAGGCUCAACACUCGCAAAGAGCCCAAGCCUUUCUGGUCCAAGAGUUGAACGUGUGCAACCGAAGCGAGGCCGAGGAUCGGAUUUACUUCAUAUCGGCCAAGGAAGCGCUCCAAGCCCGAUUGCAGGAGGCCAAGGGCCAACCGCCGCAAAUAUCCACCGAGGAUUUCUUCACACGCUAUCUGGAAUUCCAAAAGUUCGAGAAGAACUUUGCCUCGUGCCUUUCAUCCACGGCUGUCAAGACCAAAUUCGCCCAACACACGGCUCGAGGUCAAUCCAUUGUGAAUUCCGUGUCACAAAUCUUACUGGACAUUCACCACAGAUCACAAAAGCGUCAGCAGAGCCAAGUGGCUUUGCGGAAAGAGAUAGGGGAUCGAUUGGAUUCCACUGAAAAGCAGCUCGAGCAAAUGACUCAUGAAAUGAAGGAGAAGAUUCACCAGAUCACUGAAGAUGUCGAGUACAAAGUCGGCAAGGCCUUGAGCGAAGAGAUUCGACGGCUCUCUGUGCUCGUGGACGAGUUCAGUGAUCCCUUUCACCCCGAUCCGCUCGUGAUCAAUGUGUAUAAGAGCAAGUUGAAUCACCACAUUGAGAACGGGUUGGGCUCGAAUCUGAAGGCUCGUCUGUCUUCAGAUCUUCAAUUGAACAUGGACGCUCAUCAACACGAGAUGAUUGAACGCAUGUCCGCGCUGAUUCCCGAGGACCGACAACAAAUCUCGCGGACUAUUCUGCCUCGACGCGAGGCGUUCGAGGUACUCUACCAUCUCCAUUGCGACAACCUAUGUUCGGAUUUCCAAGAGGAUCUUCGCUUUCACUUCUCUUUGGGAUUGACGUCACUCAUCCAACGCUUCAUGGGAGGCCACGGAGGUCAUAAGCGCCAUCACGCAUCACGAAGUGGCGAUGCUUCCCUUUCUCGCAGCCUCAACACAACGUCUUCACCUCACACUCCGCCGUUGACGAACGAGUUCAUCGCGCCUCAGGAUGACUGGUCUUUGGUCUCGAAGAUUGCCAUUGCUUCGCUAACCUCUCAGGGCACCAUGGGCGGUCUUCUAGCGGGUGGGCUCUUAUUCAAAACAGUGGGCUGGCGUGUGAUCCUAGUGACCGGGGCCGUUUAUGGGUCACUCUAUUUUUAUGAGCGCCUCACUUGGACCACACAAGCCAAGUGUCGAGCCUUCAAGCAGCAAUACGUGGAUCACGCGGCUCGAAAAUUACGCCUGAUCGUAGAUAUGACCUCGGCCAAUUGCUCGCAUCAAGUCCAACAGGAAUUGUCUUCCACCUUUGCUCGUUUGUGUCAUUUGGUGGAUGAAAACACCAACGACAUGAAGGACGAGAUCAAGACCAUUGACCGGAGUUUACGAGAUCUCGAAGAAUCUGCCACCCGGAGCAAAGUGUUGAGAAAUCAGGCUAGUUUCAUUGCCCACAAGCUUGACAUUUUCGAACAGACUUUUCUGGCUGAAGACGAAGACUAAAGUGAUCGGAAAUGAUGGACAAGAAUUCAGUAGUUACAUUCAGAUCGAUUGAUGGAUUCGUUAGUCAGGAUUGAUAAAACUUUAACGUCUAUUGGUACUCUCCUAUGAUCAACUGUCAGAUAGAAGGAAGUCAAAUUAUUUUGCAUGUCCAUUCAAUGCCCACUGAAAGCGAAAUAAAAUUGCACUUAUUUUUAAGCGA